UCUCUCUCUAUCGAGAAGGCGAUUGCAGAGAAUACUCAGUACUGUAAAAGAGAAAUAAAAGGAGGGAGAGAGAGAGAGAGAGAGUGAGAGAGUGAAUUCAAGAACGACGAAAACGAUAUCUGAGAGCUUUGCUUCCUGCCUCUCUUUUUCACCAGACAUAAGAGGUUAGGGUCUGAAGUCAGAUGAAGAUGACAUCGAUGUUCAAGAACAUCGUAGUGAUAUGGAAGUAGUAAAAUCAAAAGCACUUGAGGAGAAGGUACUUCUACCUUUUGAAUUCUAUGUCACAAGAUUAUAUCUACAAUUUCUCACAUGGGUUCGAGAGAUCGUCGGCUCAAGAUCAGAUCCGGCGGGAUAAGCUGAGGGUUCAAGGUUUUGAGCCACCACCGCCGUCACUGGUCGGCUUAGAAGGAGUGGAUGACGGACACGGUGGUUUACCGGCAGUUUAUGAGUCUGGAGCUGGGAUGUUAUCGGAGAUGUUCAAUCUCCCAUCCGGUGGAUUCAACUCCGCCUCUGAAUUGUUGGUAAACCAGAUAAAUUACCAACACCACCACCACCGUAACCAGCGGCCAACCACCGCCAGAGAUUGGUAUGGUAACAGUGCUCAAGCCAUGCAACUUUUCUUGACGAACCCAUCACAUGACUCUCCUUCUUCAGAGUCACCUUCUCACCAUCAUCAUAAUCACCAUAAUCCUUCAUCAUCUUCAACUCUUCACAUGUUGAUGCCGAACAAUGUUUCUUCUGCCAAUUCUACCCUUCACCAUCAACAAAGCUUCGGUAGUAGCACAGGAGCUGGACAAGGGCAUUUUGGUCCAUCCACUCAAUUCACAUGGGUGCCUCCUGGUGGCACAUCACAUGAAGGUGAAGGCGUCGGUGGAGUCGAAGGUCUUUCACUAUCAUUAUCUUCCACUUUACAGCACCUGGAAGGAGCUAAAGUUGAGGACUUGAGAAUUGGUGAUGAUUCCGCCGCCGCCGGAAUGUUAUACUUCAAUCAAGUAGGCGGCGGUGGGGGUGGCGAUCCUUACCGGAAUUUACAUAUUCAAGGAGGAGGUGGGGUUAUGAAUCAAACCCACCAUCCGAUCCAUAUCGGAUUCGGAUCCUCUUCGUUAGGUGUUGUCAAAGUGCUUCGAAAUUCCAGAUAUGUGAAGGCAGCUCAAGAUUUGCUUGAAGAAUUUUGUAGCGUCGGAAGAGGUCAGUUGAGAAAAAACAAAUCCUUGUCAAAACAUAAUAAUCCAAAUCAGAAUCCGACCAACAGUGGCGGAGGAGGUGGCGUUGGUGGUGGUGCAUCUUCUUCUUCCUCAAAAGAUCUCCCUCCUUUGUCAUCUACCGAGAGAAUUGAACAUCAAAGACGCAAGGUCAAACUUUCUUCCAUGCUUGAUGAAGUAGAUCGGAGAUACAACCACUAUUGUGAACAGAUGCAAAUGGUGGUGAAUUCAUUCGAUUUAGUUAUGGGGUUUGGGGCAGCAGUUCCAUACACAGCUUUAGCUCAAAAAGCCAUGUCUCGUCAUUUUCGUUGUCUAAAAGACGCCAUAGCUGCCCAAUUGAAAUACAGCUGUGAAGUAUUAGGAGAAAAAGACGCAGGUUCUUCUGGUGUCACAAAAGGCGAGACACCAAGGCUUAAAUUAUUGGAACAAAGCCUUAGACAACAAAGAGCAUUUCAUCAAAUGGGAAUGAUGGAACAAGAAGCAUGGAGGCCUCAAAGAGGCUUACCUGAAAGAUCUGUCAACAUUUUAAGAGCUUGGCUUUUCGAGCACUUUUUACACCCGUAUCCAAGUGAUGCUGAUAAACAUCUUUUGUCUCGACAAACAGGAUUGUCCAGAAAUCAGGUGUCGAACUGGUUCAUAAAUGCAAGGGUCCGGUUGUGGAAACCCAUGGUGGAGGAAAUGUACCAACAAGAAAGCAAAGAAGAGGGUGAUCAACAUCACCAAGAUGACGACGACGACCAAGAUGAAGAAAAUAAGUUAGAAACGAGCAUUAAUUACAAUAAUCAAAACAAAAAUGGACCCCCAUCAUCUCCUUCCUCCUCUGCAAUUGCACAAACUCCGAUGCCACCACCUCCUCCUCCUCCUUCGACAUACACCACCACUUCCACAGCGACACCUGCAAAAAGAUCCGAAAUCAAUGACCCUGAAAACGACCCAUCAGUGCUUGCAAUCAAUACACAAAAUUGCUUCUCGGAAAACCAAGCUACUACCAUGUCCUACUCUUACACUCCUAUCAAUAUCACCUCAACUACCACCGGAAACACUUCCACCACCCAACAAUCUUUUCCGGCCACACUUGAUGCGGAUACAUGCCGACGUGGCAGCAUGCCAGCUGGCGAUGAUGAUACGGAGAUUGGCUCGACGCUUAUAAGAUUUGGGACCACUGCGGGUGACGUGUCACUCACUCUAGGGCUACGACACGCCGGAAACCUACCGGAGAAGACUUCUUUUUCAGUUAGAGACUUUGGUGGGUGUUAAAUUAUUACAUGUCUAUAAGAAGGUACCUAGUAAUUUAAAAUAAUUUUUUAGGCCAUUAUUAUACCAUUAAGCUCAUAAAUUAAAAUUUCUUUCUUCUUUUUGUUUUUAUGUUUUAUUCAAGUGAAACACCAAAGAUAAAAUUUUACAUCAUAAAGGUAGUAUUGUGUUGAUAGAGCAUUUUAUUUGGGCCUAGUCUAAUUGUAUAGUACGUACCUUGUAUAUUUUCCUCUUAUUUUGCUCAUGUAAUAAACUUCUACUCUUGUUUUUUCUUAUUAUAUAAAAUAAUUAUGCAAAAAAUAUAUUUAAA